AGAAUGGUGUACGUGCGCGCGCAAACCGGAAGUGUGCUUGGAAACAGGUGCCCAGAUUUGUCCCACACUGCGGGAACUUUUUAGCACUGGGUUUUCAGGCGGGAGCGCGAAGGACUCGUUAGGGCUGCGGGCUCUUUUUUUCCCUCUUAACAACCAUGAGCCUGCGCCUCCUGUGCUCCGUUUGCGGUGGUUCGGCUCUACGGGUCCCGCGUGGAGUAAGUUGUCGCCGGGCGUUCUCGGGGGCAGGCUCUACUGAGGGCUUCCGUCCGUCUAAGGUGGCUGUGGUGACCAAGACAACGCGCUAUGAGUUCGAGCAGCAGCGGUAUCGUUCCACGGGGCUCAGUGAGGAAGAGCUGAGGGACUUGCUUGCAUUAAAGGGAUCCAGUUACAAUGGUCUUCUGCAGCGAUAUAAUAUUCACUCAGAAAAUGUUGAGCAUAUUGUCCAGAGUCUAAGGAAAGAAGGGGCAGACGUUCGACUUGUGAAAAGAAGAGACUAUGACGAGGAGACGGUACGAUGGGCUGAUGCCAUUAUAUCAGCAGGAGGCGAUGGCACAAUGCUGCUUGCAGCAAGCAAAGUACAGGACCGCUUCAAACCAGUGAUUGGAGUUAAUACUGACCCAGAGAGGUCUGAAGGACACCUUUGUUUACCGGUGCGGUACACUCGGUCCUUCCCAGAAGCUCUACAGAAACUUUAUCGUGGUGAGUUCAGAUGGCAGUGGCGACAGCGAAUCAGACUUUACCUGGAAGGAACUGGUAUUAACCUCACCCCUGUGGAUUUGCAUGAGCAGCAGCUGAGCCUGGAGCAGCACAUUAAGGCCCAUAACAGCCACCUUGAGCAAAAGUCUGUAGCAGUGUCUGGACCCCAUCUUUUGCCAGUGAGAGCCUUAAAUGAAGUCUUUAUUGGAGAAUCCUUAUCAUCAAGGGUGAACUAUAAAUCCUGCAAACCACGUUUUACCUUCUCGCUUCAUAGGGCCUCCUACUAUGAGAUCUCUGUUGAUGAUGGUCCUUGGGAGAAACAGAAGAGUUCCGGUCUGAACGUUUGCACAGGCACAGGAUCAAAAGCCUGGUCGUACAAUAUAAAUAAGAUGUCGUCUCAGUCUGUGGAAGAGCUGCUUAACAUCGCCAGAAAACACAAAUCCUUGAAUUUCCCUUUAGACAGUGAUCUAAUACAAAGUGUUACUGAUGCAUACAACGACUCCCUCGUCUAUAAUCCAGAGGAGCCAACGAUGUUGUUUAGUGUUCGAGAGCCCAUUGCAAACAGAGUGUUUUCCAGCAGUCGGCAGCGAGGCUUCACAUCCAAGGUGUGCGUGAGGUCCCGGUGCUGGGACGCCUGCAUGGUGGUCGACGGUGGGACAUCCUUUGAGUUCAACGAUGGAGCAUUAGUAUCUAUAGUUAUGGAUGAUCAGGAUGCCCUCUGCACUGUGCUGCUGGAUGACUGAAUGGAUGAACUAAUACGGAGAACUUGCUGAUAAUCUCUAGCUACGGGAUCCUUAUAGACAAGAAGCUUGAGGUGCAGUAAAGCAGUAAACCUGCUGCAAAAAUUCCUUUGAGUAAAACAAUCUCAGGACACUAAACUCAAUCAGAAUAGACGGCUUAGUACAGCAGGGCAGUUCCCUUUGCUGGAAACACUGGUAUGGAGUGUAUGCUGUUACUGUAUUUACAGGAAAACCCUUCUUCUAAAACACUAAACUACAAUUCUCCUCUUUCAACUGUGACCGUAGAGCGAUGACAAACGAAGCUGAGCGGCCAAGCGUUAGGAUUGGUUCUCUCUUAGCCAAUCACAAGCCAUGCAAAUGCCAAACCUUCACAACUGCUACAAAAACAAAAUAACUUUUGAUGGACUGUUGUGUAUAUUUGUAAAAAAUAAAAAAAAGUUUUAUAUAUAUAUAUAUAUAUAUAUAUAUAUAUAUAUAUAUAUAUAUAUAUAUAUAUAUAUAUAUAUAUAUAUAUAUAUAUAUAUAUAAAAAUUUCCUUUAUUGAAUACAAUUUUCAUAGACUGCUUUUCAGAAUAAGACUUCCUUUUUGCUCAGUUUUUUUUAUUAAAAUUCUCCAGAGUUCUGAUGAAUGAAUUCUAGUUACAUCUUGUGGUAUCAGUAAGAAGCACUUAAGAUGGUGUAAUAAUACCAUGAUCGUAAUUAAAAGGGAACUCCACAAAAACAUAACUUAAGCUUUUUGAAAAGUAAACAUAAUUUUAAGCAAUUUGGCAAUAUACAUCAAUUAAAAAAAAAAUGCA